CUGCUCAUCAAUGUUGUGUCUUACGCUUUUUCCAUCUCUUUCACUUGCCCGUGGUUUCCUUUGGCAGAAUUGGUGAGCGUUCUCCAUACUCAUCUUUAACUUCUCAGACAGUAGUAUAUAUAAAUUCUCUCAAUGUCGACGGAGGAGGAAAACGCCAUAGAGGCGGCAGCAGCUGCCCGAAGGGAGAGGCUCAGAGCCCUCAGAGCCGCUCAGGAACUUCUCGAAACUCCCGACGAUGCUGCUGAUAAUAACAACACUAACGAAGACGACGAUGAAAAUGAUGUCCAAAUGAAGUUCCGAAAUUACCUGCCGCAUGAUAAGCAGCUUCAAGAAGGCAAAGUGGCUCCGCCAGUACUCCCAAAGUUUGAGGACCCUAUUGCUACCCUACCUCCCGUCGAAGAGAAGAAAGAGGAUCCAUUUCUGAAUAUUGCUCCCAAAAAGCCAAAUUGGGACCUGCGACGGGAUGUGCAGAAGAAACUCGACAAGCUUGAGAAGCGCACCAUGAAGGCACUCUCUCAACUUAUGG